AUAUUCAACUUCCCUCCCAGACAUUUUUGCUUAUCUUCGGUUUUGGUAGAAAAAAAGAUUGAAAUAACUCUGCCAUCCAUGCUUCCUGAAGGCACUAUAGUAUUGUUGAGAUGAAUUGCCAAAAUGCUUUGGAAUUUUUAACUGACUUUAAAGAAAGUCCAAAAUAGAGUCAAGACUGUGAAAACAGAAGCUGCAGCAAGGGGGAUUCAGUGCCAAUGCAUCAACAAAAAAGACAGCUAGAGUUAGUGCAAGGAAAUCUUCCUGUUUUUGUGUUUCCCACAGAGCUAAUAUUUUAUGCAGAUGACCAGUCAACACAUAAGCAAGUGUUGACUUUAUAUAAUCCCUAUGAGUUUGCCUUAAAGUUCAAAGUUUUGUGUACUACUCCAAAUAAGUAUGUUGUCGUUGAUGCUGCAGGUGCAGUAAAGCCUCAGUGUUGUGUGGAUAUUGUGAUUCGUCAUAGAGAUGUUCGAUCCUGUCACUAUGGAGUAAUAGACAAAUUCCGUCUCCAAGUUUCCGAACAAAGCCAGAGAAAGGCUUUAGGAAGGAAAGAGGUUGUGGCUACUCUUCUCCCUUCUGCAAAAGAGCAACAAAAGGAAGAAGAGGAAAAAAGAAUAAAGGAACCAUUAAGUGAUAGCUUAUUUUUUGAGCAGUCUUUUCAACCAGAAAACAGAACUGUCUCCUCAGGACCUAGUUUACUAACUGUCUUCCUGGCAGUGGUGUGCAUUGCAGCUCUGAUGCUUCCUACACUGGGGGAUGUGGAAUCGCUGGUGCCUCUCUACCUCCACUUAAGUGUGAAUCAAAAAUUAGUGGCUGCUUACAUCUUAGGUCUUAUCACAAUGGCUAUAUUUAGAACAUGAGCAAGGAAUUCAAUUGACUUCUGAAGUAAAUUUAUCUUGAAAAUAUGAAUGUGGACUGCCUUUUAUCUCUAUUUCACUCCAUUAAUAUGCUAUAAAUUAUUGAAUGAUUUACAGUGAUUAUAAAUAUAUAAUAUAUAUUUUAAAUUACUUUAUAAUUUUAUUCAAAGGAAUCCAGCACAUUAUGUUAUAAACACACACACACACACAC